CUUUGGAUCACCCCUCGAAUGAAGUUGUAUUAAAGGGAAGUUACUCAUUUAACUCUUAUUUUUGUUUUGAUCCGUACCGGAAAAAGAUACAUCGACUGAACAUUAUGUUUAUGUACGGUUAGGUGCUGAGUUUUGUUUGAUCACAUAUCCUUAAGAUGAAUCAACGACUUGACCCCACACACAUUAUUACGAAUGAAGACUUGGCAAGUAAAGACUACCGUGGCGGAAGAACUUUAGUCGUAUAUUUUUCACAGUUGAAUCCAAUUGGAACCCAACAACAUGCGAAGAAAAAGGCAGAAGUAUUAUCACCAAGCUCUACGCUCUUUGAAGAAGAGGUUGACGUUGAUAUCGUCGCAUUAGAUCAGUUUUUCAUCGAUAGAUACGAUUCGCAGCAUUUGGAAGUUAAACUUUGUCGCAACAAGUUGAAAAGGGAAAUAGAAGAAUAUCUGGUAACUCUUGCUGAAGAUGGUUGGAAAUACAAAUCCUUCUUUUUCAUAUUUCUUUCAUAUCUGCAGGAUGGAGAACACGAAGAUGUUAGAAUACAGUUGUAUGACAAGGCCAUACCCGUGGACUUUAUAUUCAACCGAAUUAAAGACCUUCCAUCAAUGGCACUUAAACCGAAGAUUUUUCUUAUACAAGCGGAUGACCUUAGAAUGCUGUAUCCAACACAAAUAGAUAAAGCGAUUCCGGAAAAUAUAGAAAUAAAAAAGAUACCCACUGACGCUGAUCGACUGGUCAUAUUGUCAACAAUACCACAGGCACUGUCGCCAUUAGCAGAUGCGGUACGAGAAACAACUCCGGUAAAUGAACCCAAUGCUUCCCGAGGUGUUCAGCCGACUCCUCCCAGAUUGGAGACAUCUGUUUUAAUCCGGGCGUUUCUCACAGUAAUGAAUGACCAUGUGCAUAGGGAUGAGAAUUUACUUACAAGUUCUACACGAAUACUUGGGAAAGUUGACAAUUUGAUUGACCCUUUGCAGAAGACUGACGACUAUGAAAAUUAUGAUAUCCCUUUGCCGUUGGUGACAAGUACCCUUACAAAGCGCUAUUUUCUUACAUAAACUGAUAUGUAUAAGACAUGACGUGCGUGCUUGAUGUUGGCUGAAAAAAUAAUUAAUUGGAAAUCGCAAUACAUCAAUGGGUAAAUUUACUCAGAUAAUUAACUUGUGUAUUAUGCAGAAAAUGAGUUUCAUCGGCCGAUGAAAAAAAAAAUGAGUGCACUCCACUGUGUAAUACGUCUGCUGUCAAUAAGGUUAAAGACGUAUUUAGUUCGAUACAGAUUAAAGUGUUUAAAAUACAAAACGUAAAUAUUGUGGAAUAGAUGGAAUAAUGAAAAUGUACAAGUACCAUAAGUUAAAAAUUAUGAAAUGCUUGUUGUGUUAUAUAAUUUUAUUAUAAAAAAGGGUAAUAGUUUCAUUUGAAUAGUUGUGUAUAUUCUUUCUUUUAUGAGUAUGGUCGAUUAUUUGGUCGUCGAUGUGUGCAUAUAUGUUUUGUGUAUUUAUGCCUUAUGAUAAUGGUUUGUUAAAUGUUAUGAUACAUAGAGGGUAUUAUUAUCGGUUGUUUUUUUCUGACGUCCUGAAUCAAGACCAAUUCAAUUAUUACCAUUUCGUCAAUCUGCGCAGCGGUCAAAUUUAUUUCCUUUUUUGAUGUACUAAACUUUAUCUUAACAUGUACAUACUUAACUCAUUUUGUAGUAUAAAACUACGCUUACCCUUUAUUUCGCUAUAUGGUUUUUAAAAAAUGAAGAAAACCAUGCCCCAGUUGUAUUGUCCAUGAUUAGUGAAAUACAGAGUUUAUAACAUCAGAUCUAAAACCAGAAAGUGUGCAUCUGCAAUAAAAUUUGCAAUAGAACAAUUGUAUUAAAAGGAAGAAUAAAUGUUACAAAUUAGAA